UAUGUCUCCCUCUCUCUCUCUCUCUCUCUCUCUCUCUCUCUCACAAGUUUGCUUCCAUGGAGGAGAAAGGUGAAGCUCAUCAGGGCCAUGACUCUCUGCACAUAGCAAUGUUCCCAUGGCUUGCCAUGGGCCAUCUCAUCCCCUUCUUCCACCUCUCCAAACACUUGGCUCAAAGGGGUCACAAAAUCUCCUUCAUCUCAACACCCAGAAACCUCCAGAGGCUCCCCAAAAUACCCCAAAACCUCUCUCCACUCAUCAAUCUCAUACCCCUCCCAUUCCCUCACAUACCAAAUUUAACACCCCAUGCAGAAUCCUCCAUUGACACUUCCUUCUCCAAGCAACAGCUCCUCAAGAUAGCCAUUGACAAGUUACAACCGGCCAUAACAUGUUUCCUUGAAUCCUCACAACUAGAUUGGAUCAUCUAUGACUUCGCUUCUCACUGGCUUCCUUCCACAGCGGCGGAGCUUGGCAUUCACCGCUGCUUCUGCGGCCUCUUCAACGCUGCAGUGCUUUGCUUAAUUGGCCCACCGACAGUCCUCAUAGGCGGCUCAGACCCUCGAACGACGAUCGAGGAUUUUUUACGUGUCCCCGAGUGGAUUCCCUUUGAAUCUGACAUAGUUUUCCGUUCGUAUGAGAUCACCAGGUUUAACCAGCAUUCAAGCGAGUACAUCUCAGAAACACCUGAUACGGUGCGUAUGGGAGUAACGAUAAGAGACAGCGAGGUCGUGGCCGUGAGGACGUGCGUCGAGUUUGAACCCGAGUGGAUUGAUCUCUUGCGGGAUUUGUAUCAGAAACCGCUUGUUCCUAUUGGUUUCUUACCUCCAUGCAUGGAGGACGACGAAGAUGUUAACGACAUGAAAUGGGUGAGCAUAAAAGCGUGGCUCGAUGAGCAGAGGUUGAAUUCGGUGGUUUACGUUGCACUAGGGACUGAAGCUGUUCUGAGUCAAGAGGAAGUGACUGAGUUAGCACUCGGGUUGGAGAAAUCCAAAUUGAGUUUCUUCUGGGUCUUGAGAGACCCACCCGAGUCAACUCAAAAAGCGAUCGACAUGCUACCGAAUGGGUUUCUACAAGGGGUGGAGGGUCGUGGUAUGGUGUGCACGGAUUGGGCGCCGCAGGUCCAGAUACUGAGUCACGACUCGGUUGGUGGGUUCUUGACUCACUGUGGCUGGAACUCGAUAAUAGAGGGCUUAGCAUUUGGUCGGGUUCUGAUGCUGUUUCCGAUGACGACCGACCAAGGACCUAACGCAAGACUGUUGCAGGGUAAGGGACUAGGGAUUGAGGUCACUAGGAAAGAAGACGGAAUGUUCACAAGUGACGCGGUGGCUGAACUACUGAGGUUCGCCAUGGUGGACGACUUGGGCUCGUCAUUGAGAGCUUCAGCCAAGGAAGCAAAGAAAUUACUCGGCGACAGAGAGACCAACCAGCGCUGUAUGGACGAGUUCAUACAAUACUUGGUAGAGCAGAAGAAAACAGAAUAGUCUGAGGCAUCAUGCAAACAUGAGAUCAAUCGCAUCAGCAAGCAUUUUCUACGAAAGAAUGAUGACUUUGAUAAAGCUUCCAUAGUCAACUUUCCGAACAUUCAAUGCCACAUUUUACAAUUUAGACUAUCU